AAAAUUUUCUCUCUUACAUUCUUGUCCUAUCAUUUUCUCUUAACCCAAUCUCAUCAUUUUCUCACAUUAUCACUCAUCUUUUCAUUUAGCCUUUCCAAUUCUUCAUAAUAAAAUUUUAUUGGCUCUUAUAUUCCCUUUUGAAAGGUUUGUCUAAAUUGAAAAAGGAAAAAAAAAAUGGUUUGUAUGGUUUCUCGUACAGGAAGACAAUUGCAGAGGUACAACAAAGGUCGUCGCCUUGUUGUUGGAUGUAUUCCAUAUAGAUUUACAAGAAAUGGGGAAUUAGAGGUCCUUGUAGUUAGUUCACAAAAGGGUCAUACAAUGAUGUUUCCCAAGGGAGGAUGGGAAAUUGAUGAAUCUGUAGAAGAAGCAGCUUCUCGUGAAUCUCUUGAAGAAGCUGGUGUUCUUGGCAUUGUUCAGUGUGAAUUAGGAAAAUGGAGAUUCAAGAGCAAGAGUCAAAGCAUCUAUCAUGAAGGUUACAUGUUUCCAUUGCUUGUUACUGAACAACUUUCUCUUUGGCCUGAACAAAAUCUCAGGAAAAGAGCAUGGAUGAGUGUGGAGGAAGCAAGUGAAGCUUGUCAACAAUGGUGGAUGAAAGAAGCACUUGAUAGAUUAGUUAAUAGGCUUAAUUCAUCAAAUCUUAACAAAGAAUCCCUUCUUUCAAACUAAAAUAAUAAUCCUUUUUGUUUAGGAUUUUUGUGAAUAGAUCUAUAGAGACCAAAAAAAAAGAGUCCAAUGUUCUUCAUAAAUGUUGGAUGGUCAAAGGGCUUCAACAAGACGACAAACUGUAUCAUUAUCAUUCUGACAGAUUUGCAAAAGGAGAAAAGAUACAAUGUCCAA